ACCCUAACAUUUUCACCGUAAACUCCAUAGCCCCUCAACUCAACAAAUUGACCCAUUGGGUAUUUUUUCAAAGUACGCCUUCUCUCUUCUCUGCUCGUUGCUUUUCAUCGUUUUCGCUCUCGCUUCCCAAGAUGUCAGAAACACCCUUCUAUCCCCGCGAAAAGCUUGUUGAGAAGCAAAAGUAUUUCCAGAGUGUUCAUAAGUAUACACACUUGAAAGGCCCCGUAGACAAGAUUACCUCAGUUGCGAUUCCACUUGCUUUGGCAGCCACAUUAACCUUCAUGAUCGGCAGGGGGAUCUACAAUAUGUCCCAUGGCAUUGGCAAGAAGGAAUAAAUCGUGGCUUCUGCGCCAUCAUUCCUAUGGAAGCUCAAGCAUAAAAGAGAUUUUUUGGAACAUUAUUUGUGUUUUUUCACUUUGAGAUUUCUUGAUGUUCUGAAGCUAAUAAUUGGUUAGAUGCAGAAAACACAGCCUGCAGACAUAUGGCCUAUGCGGUCACUUGCUCAACACAUUGCUUUUCUUUUUGGGGUUUAAAUGCGUUUAUUUGGUUGGUGUUAAAAAUCAGUUCUUUUCCAUCAAUUAACUGCCACCAUUUGAAACGUUGCACUUGUAUUUUUCCUUUGAGAGAUAGUCAAUGCGGAAAGUGCAAUUUCCAAAUCCUAUUAUAGGAUAUGCAUCUCAAAUAAUUAUAGGUCUAUGAUGUGUUAGAUCGUAGAUGUCAACAAUUGAUGAAGAUAUUAGCAAUAUUGGAUCA